AUGGCUGCUCCUGCACCCCCAGCGCCUCCGGUCGGUCCGGACACCUUGGUGACCGUCAAGGUGCUCUACAAUGAUGCCAACCGCCGCUUCAAGAUUCCACUGAGGGAUCUUGGUGCUCGCGUGUUCCCCCAGAAGCUCCGCCAGCUACUUGCCAUUCCCGACGACGUCGACGUCAGCUUUCACCGCUACUCAGACAGCGCUGCCUCUUACGUUUACCUCGACAGUGAGAAUCCUGCUGUCUACAAACAACUCUACCGUGCUGCCAAGGCCAAGUUGAAGCUUCGUAUUAAGGCGACUGUAAACACUCCACCUCCCGCAAUGCCCGAAGUCCCCGCUGCUCCUGUUGCCCAGGAGGCUCCUGUUCAGAAUGAGCCAUCCCAGCGUUACAGCUACCUGGAAACCGUCCUGAGCCCGCCCCUGCCACCUCCCACUGGAACCGACACCAUGUUGCCCGUGGCCGGUCCCACCUUGAAUCCUCCUCCGGAGGCUGCCCAGACGGUCGAGGAGGUUCCUCCCGUGGAGGCCUCGCCGGCUCAGCCUCGCUACCGUCUUUUUACGCUUGGUCAGGAUAAACCUGCCUAUCCGCUGCUCUUCCCCUCUGCCGACUCCCCUACCGCGGCGUUCUGCAUCGACUGCAACCACUGUGGGCGCUCCAUCCCUGGGGAACACUACCACUGCAGCAUCUGUGAUGACGGAGACUACGAUCUGUGUCCAGCUUGUGUCAAUGCCGGUGUCACCUGCCACGGUGAGGAUCACUGGUUGAUCAAACGCUUGGUCACCAAUGGCGUUGUGACCAACAGCACUACCGAAACCAUCGCCCCUCGUCGGCCCAAGGUUGAGCCAGAACCCCCCAAGGAGAAGGCCAUGGAGGUGGUGCCCGUUUCGACGUCCGGGCCCGUCUCGACUUCUGAGCCUGUCUCAACUUCUGAACCUGUCUCGACUUCCGAGCCCGUGUCUGCCGUGGGCGAGCGCACCUGCAAUGCUUGCUUCCGAGAAUUCGAUGAGACCAAGAUGGUUACUUGCACUGACUGCGAGGAUUAUGAUCUCUGCCUCACGUGUCUGUUGAAGGACGCGCAUGGGCACCAUCCCGCCCAUACCUUCUCUCUGAUCCAUGAUCGCGAGUUCUGCCUGAAGAACCUGGUUCUCGCCCGAUGCCGGCCGGGUCGCCAUCAGCAUCACGCGGCGAUCUGUGAUGGUUGUGACAAGUUCAUUCAGCGUAUUAUCGGCGUCCGCCACAAGUGUUUGGCCUGCCCCGACUGGGACUUUUGCUGGUCCUGCAUUAAGACGGCUCCUGAGACGCACCCGGGCCACCGGUUCGUCCCCAUUUAUGAAGCGAUUGCCGAUCCCAUUCCUCAGCACGAAGUUCAUUAUGGCAUCUUCUGUGAUGGCCCUCUCUGCCGGAACAAGCAGACCUACAUUACGGGCGUCCGGUACAAGUGCGCGGUGUGCCACGACACCGACUUCUGUGCCGCUUGUGAGGCUCUGCCUACCAACCCUCACAACCGCACCCAUCCCUUGAUCAAAUUCAAGACUCCAGUGCGCAACGUGACGGUGAGCACGUUCGGUGACGAUGGAAUUGGCGGACCCACGAUCAGCAUGGGAGAUCGCCCGGCCCCGGCCAUUGCCCAGCCCGCUGUACCCUCUUCAUCCAGCAAUACCAUUGUCGCUGAAGAAGAGCGGGCCGACGCGACCCAGCCAGAUGAGAAGCCGGUGGAAGAAGAGCGUCGUGAACAGAAGGAGGCUGAGCAACAAGAGCAUGUUGUGGAGGAAAACGUUCAGUCUGAGGCAGCAGACAACGAACCCAAUGCCGAUGAUGAACAGACCAAAUCGAGCAUGAUGACGGCUUCAGCGCCGGAGUCCGAAUUCCAGGCGUUCUACAUGCGCGACACCGUCCGAGAUGGGACCAAGCUCCCGCCAAAUUACGUUUUCCAACAGACCUGGACGCUGUACAACCCCGGCCCUCUGGCAUGGCCUGCCGGUAGCAGUGUCCGCUUUGUGGGCGGUGACUCGAUGUUCAACGUGGACACCAAGCACCCGUCCAGCGUGGGCUCGAUCAUGUCGGCUAUGACGAGCAACGAAUUGGCCGCUCCCGUGGCGCCAGGUGAAUCGGCCGAUUUCACCGUCACGCUCAAGACCCCGGAGAGGGAAGGCACGUCCAUCUCGUACUGGCGUCUCAAGCUUCCGGACGGAACUCCCUUUGGACACAAACUCUGGUGUGACGUCCAGGUCUGCGCGGAUACUGGCGCUCCGGAGUCGGAGAUGAAACAGGAGAACGCCACCCGCGAGCCCCCGGAGGUCAAGGAGGAUGCCAAAGAGGAGCCCAAGCCGAGUGAAAGCAACAUGAUCUUCCCGAAGCUGGACAAGGAGUCUCCGGUCUCCAGCACCCAUGAGGCCGUGGGCGAGGAACCUGCCGCGCCCGCGGCGCCGUCAGCCCCGUCGCUGUCCAAUGCUAGCGAGCAAGAUGUCCUCGAGGACGUGGAGAGCCUGACACUCGAGGAUGUGGAUACGGAAGGGGAUGGAUUCCUGACGGACGAGGAGUACGACAUCCUCGAUGCCAGUGACGAGGAAUUCUCCCAUGCCAAGCAGGGGUAA